UCCUCGCCCUCUACUCUCGUGGCUCCGCCCCUUGCUCCGAUCACGCCCACUGUCCACAACCUUCGCCCACCGCUCUUUGGGCCCUCCCCUCGUGCUCGAGGCCCCGCCUCCUCGCUCUAGUCCUCCGCUCCUUUAAGAGGCCGGUAGCCCAGGGCGCGCCGCCAGGGGACGUUUGGGUGCCCAGGGUCAGGAAGACACACCCAGGUUGAGGGUCGCCUCGGGGGUGGGGGCGAGGUGCGGGGGGAUGGGCACUGGAGCCGACACAGCGGAGCACCUUCCUUCGAGGGUCCGGCUGCCCGCGCUGACUCCAGGCGAGGACAUCGGCGGCCAACGGAGAGAGUGAGCUGGAGUUCCGUUCGAGCUACCAUGGAAAAAUACCAGAUUUUGUACGAGCUGUCUCCGGGGACCUUAGGAGUAAACCUGGUGGUGGAAGAACUGGCCACUGAAGCCAAGCUCGUGAUAAAGCAGGUGGAGUGCCUCGAUGAGCAUCAGGCCAACGAGGCCCUGGAGGAGAAUUCACAUGGGGUGAAACGUGUUUCCUCCCUCACGCUCAUGCCUCUGCUGAAGCUUCAGCACACCCACAUCUCACUGUACCGGGAGCUGUUCAUCACGUGGAACAGUGAGGUCUCCUCUCUGUCCCUCUGUCUGGUGAUGGAGUACAGCCAGGGCAGCCUCCAGAAGGUCAUUCAGAGUAAGAGGGAGAAACAGGCAGUCAUGGAUCCAGAGUGGGUGCAGGAGAUACUGGGCCAGGUGUUGGAUGCUCUGGAGUACCUGCACGGGCUGAACAUCAUCCACAGGAAUCUCAAGCCUUCUAACAUCAGCCUGGUCAGUAAGAACCACUGCAGACUUCAGGACCUGAGCGCCAACUCGCUUAUGACCCACAGAGCCAAGUGGAGUGUCCGUGCAGAGGAAGACCCCUUUCAGAAGUCCUGGAUGGCGCCUGAAGCCCUUGACUUCACCUUCAGCCAGAUGUCUGACGUCUGGUCCCUGGGCUGCAUCAUGCUCGACAUGGCCAGCUGCUCCUUCCUGGAUGCAACAGAAGCCAUGCACCUGCGGAAGUCCCUCCGCCAGAGCUCUAGUGGCCUGAAGGCUGUCCUGAAGACCAUGGAGGAGAAACAGAUCCCAGAUGUGGAAACCUUCUCUUCCCUUCUACCCUUGAUGCUGCAGAUCAGUCCCUCAGAUAGAAUAACAAUCAGGGCUGUGGUUCAUAUGACCUUCGUGAGCGGCUCCUUCAAGUCCUCAUGCGUGGCCAUGACCCUGCACCAGCAGGUGGUGCCUGAGCUCAUCACCAGCAUGCUGUUAGAAGGCAACGUCGCUAGCAUCUUAGAGGCCAUGGAGAAAUUCCCCAGCCGUCCUGAAGUUCAGCUCAAGGCCAUAAAGAGGCUUUUGCAGAUACCUGAGAAUCAGCUAGGGCUGCCAUGGCCCAUGGAGCUGGUGGAGUUGGUGGUCAACAUCAUGAAGCAGCACGAGAGGAUCCUGGAUCUGCAGCUGUGCGCCUGCUCCCUGCUACUGCGCGUCCUGGGCCAAGUGCUGGUGCAGGAUGCAGAAGCCCAGGUGCCAUGGGACAGCUCCAUGAUCUCCACCCUGCUAAGCAUCAUGCGGAGUCACUCUGACUCGGAUCAGCUCAUCAUCCAAGGCUACAGCCUGCUCACCAUCAUCUCCAGCCAGGAGAUGGCUUCAGAGGAGCUACAGAAGCCUGGGCUGUUUGAGCUCAUCCUGGAGCACCUGGACAGAUUCUCCAAGGACAGGGACAUCUGCCUCAGUGCCUUGGGCCUGCUCUGGUCCCUCCUGGUGGAUGUUGCCAUUGUGAACAAAGCCCCUGUGGUGAAGAUCACGGCCCUAGUCAUGCAGGUGCUAGACACCCACCCCGCAGAUGCAGAAAUGGCAGAGGCAGGCUGUGCGGUGCUCUGGCUGCUGUCCUUGCUGGGCUGCAUGAGUGAGUGGCAGUUUGAGAAGGCGGUGAUGUUGUUCCUGCAAAGCAUCCGGCUGAGCCAGGAGAGAGUCCUGCUGGUGAACAAUGCCUACCGGGGACUGGCCAGCCUCGCCAAGGUGUCAGAGCUGGCAGCCUUCCACAUGGUGGUGCCACAGGAGGGCGGCAGUGGCCUCAAUCUCCUGCAGGAGACCUACCAGCUGCACAAGGAUGACCCUGAGGUGGUGGAGAACCUCUGCAUGUUGCUGGCCCACCUUACCUUCUACAGUGAGGACCCCCUUGCCUUACCUGGAAGCGAUGAUUGGGGGCCCUACUCCCAGCCGUGGCUGAAGGGGAGGGAAGGAGCCCAACAGAGAUGGCGCCAAACUUCCCCUGGCACCCCUGCACCAAGCACUGCUGCAGCCCAGGAUGACACAAGGACCUCAGAACCCAGGGCCGCACUCUGCCCAUGCCAGACUAAGUGGCACUGGGACCUGCUUUGUCCUCUGGCUGGCUGGGCUCUGGCCCUCAGUACCAUUUUUCUGCUCCAUCACAGAGGAAAUCCUGCCAGAGCUGGAGUCCAACGGCAUCAGGGCUCUGGUCCAGGAGAUCCAGGGGCGUUUCACCUCCAGCCUGGAGCUGGUCUCUUACGCAGAGAAAGUGUUCCUGAGCCUGGAGGCCGCACUGCCCAGCCCGCAGGAGAGGGAGUUGCUUGGAGCUGCUGAAGGGGAGGCAGCUGCCCCCGAGGUCCCCAUCCUCCUGGAAGGCCAACCACAUCUACCCUGAAGCGCCCGUCUUCCUGUCCUGGGUGCGGGGGGGGAGGAGGGCCACAGGGACCAUAUAUGCAUCUCCCUCUAU